AUGGAUUAAUAAAAAGCACCUAUAAUUUCAUCAGAGGCUAAGUUAUCUGUAAUUGAAUGUCCAGAGUUUAAUUUAUCAGAUGAGAAAAGCAAACAUUAUGCUUACUAUUUCUCUAGGGCAUUUUGGGCAGGUGCUAAAAUUUGUUAAUUUUAAAGAUCAUAUGAAGCAUAAGGAUUAUUUUUAUUUGUUGUAAAAGAUAUUUUAAAAGGAAUUAAUAUGAAUAAUUUAUAUUAUUAAGAAAAUAGAAGUAAGAGAUAUAUUAUUAUAAAAUGUAGGUUUAAUAAUAAUUUACUUAUGUAUCUGCAUUCUUCUAGAAUUGUGUAAAUUAUCUAAGUUUUGGGGAUUCAAAGAUUAUUCCUGAAUUAUCUGUAGAAAAAUAUUAACUAUUUUUAUAAUUAAUAAAGGCAUAUUUCGAAUAAUAGGAAGAGUUUACAAAAAAUAUGGAACUUAAUAGAGAAAUAUAUUUAUACAUAUAAUAAACCAUAUGGAUUAUUGGAUUUAGUAGAGAAGGGAGGAUCUAAUUCUUAAUAUUCUCAAAAUUUAAGUUAGGAAUUGAUAGAAGAAUUGGAUUAAUUUUUACAUAAAUAAAACGUAAGUGAAUUAAAUAGUAGAGUAAUUUUGAAAGAAGAUAGAUUGGAAUUAUUGAUAGCAUCAUAAGAGUGAU